CCCCAAUCCUCUCUUUCUCUCGCUCAUUCUCUCUUUGCUAUGGAGUUAACUUUUUCUUUAGACACUACUUGGUGGGUGUUUACUCUCCCAGCUGUUCUGGAAACUCAAAACUUGUUUAAUGGUUUUGUUUUGUUUUCAAUCUUCAUGUCGCUUUUAUCAAUUGGCUUUCUAACCUGGGCUUUCUCCACUGGAGGUCUAGCCUGGAAAAAUGGAAGGAAUCAAAUGGGUUCAGUCCCGAUUCCUGGACCUCGUGGCCUUCCUCUCUUUGGCAGUUUGUUCAGCUUAAGCCACGGCUUGGCUCAUCGAACUCUUGCCCGCAUGGCUUCAAUCCAUGGUGCCACUCAGCUCAUGGCAUUCAGCUUAGGCUCAACCCCUGCCAUCAUCACCUCUGACCCCAAAACUGCUCGUGAAAUCUUAACCUCUCCCCAUUUUGCCAAUCGUCCUAUCAAGCAAUCUGCUAAGACCCUAAUGUUUAGCCGUGCCAUUGGGUUUGCACCAAACGGAACAUACUGGCGGCUCCUUAGGAGGAUUUCAUCAAAUCAUCUAUUUGCACCCAAACGCAUUGCUGCCCACGAAGCCGGACGCCAGAUGGACUGUGCCAUCAUGUUGGAUGCCAUUACCACUGAGCAAUCACUUCAUGGUGGUGUUGUCUUACGAAACCACCUCCAAGCUGCCGCGCUUAACAACAUUAUGGGGACCGUGUUUGGCAAAAGAUACGAUCUCACGUGCAAUAGCGACGAGGCAAAAGAACUGAAUGAGCUUGUUAGGGAAGGGUUUGAGCUCUUAGGUGCUUUCAACUGGUCCGAUUAUCUCCCAUGGCUUAGCUACUUGUAUGACCCUUUUUGUGUCAACCAGCGUUGCUCAGAGCUUGUUCCUCGUGUCAGAAAGCUUGUUAAGAAAAUAAUAGAUGAGCACCGGUACCGGCUUGGUGACUCGAGCAAGCUCUCUGACCAUGCAGAUUUUGUUGAUGUUCUACUCUCUUUGGAUGGGGAUGAGAAGCUUGAAGAAGAUGACAUGGUCGCGGUCUUAUGGGAAAUGAUCUUCCGUGGUACUGACACAACCGCACUUUUAACCGAGUGGGUCGUGGCCGAGUUAGUUUUAAACUAUGAAGUGCAACACAAGCUUCACCACGAGCUUGACAUUGUUGUGGGAAACAAAAAUAUCACGGAUGCUGACGUAGCCAAAUUACCCUACUUGCAAGCCAUUGUGAAGGAAACCCUACGUGUUCACCCACCUGGGCCACUCCUAUCGUGGGCCCGGCUGUCCACGUCGGAUGUCCAGCUAAGCAACCGCAUGGUGGUCCCGGCCAACACUACGGCCAUGGUGAACAUGUGGGCCAUAACCCAUGACCCAAAAGUGUGGGAGGAGCCUUUAGUGUUCAAGCCAGAGAGAUUCUUAGAUGCUGACGUGGAUGUUAGGGGAGGAGACCUUAGGCUUGCACCCUUUGGGGCUGGUCGUAGGGUUUGUCCAGGCAAGAACUUAGGGCUUGUGACUGUGACCCUUUGGGUUGCUAAAUUGCUUCAACACUUUGAAUGGGUUCAAAACAUGGCUAACCCAGUUGACCUAACUGAGGUGUUGAAGCUCUCAUGUGAGAUGAAGAGCCCUCUCUCUGUUGUGGCUGUUUCGAGGAAUGGUGUUCCACCUAUUUACGCUUAGGGUUUGUUAAAGUAAUACAAAUCUUAUCCCAUUAUGAGUGUUCUAUUUUAUAAUCCACUAAUUUUCGCUAUGUCAAAUUGAUGGAGUAUAAAAUGGAACACUAAGAGUGAGAUGAAAGAUUUUUAUUUAAUUGUUACAAUCUACUAUUACUUGUUUUAAAAUAUUUUAGGGCAAAGUUGUUGACGUGUUGUGUGGUGUUUUGUGAAAAGUAUCUAGGGAAGAAUAAACUGGUGGAUGAUAGAGACGAUUGCUAAUUCACCUAUAACAUAAGAGUGUUUUAGAGAUUAUUCUCUGACAUUCGAGCUACUGAAUAAAUUGUAUUUUUUGUUGUUGUUGCUAAUAUAAUAAAUUGUAUGUCCUACUUUCAGAA